GGGCAGCGCGGGGCGGCGCCGACCGCACCGCACCGACCGCACCGCUCCUGCCGCCGCGACCCACCGCCACCGCCACUCGCCCGGGCGGCCGCGCUGGGACCCCGCGGGUGCUCCGGCCCCCGCCGCCGCCGCGUGCUGCAGCCCCUGGGAACAAUGGACGGUGCAGCAGAUGGAGCCGGAGUCGUGGGCAGCGUGGAUGCUGGGGCGCAGAAGGAACGGGUGGUGACAGAGGAGGAAUGGCUGCAGAAAUGGGAAGCGGGCAAAACUGGAUUUCACAAGGAACAGGGGCACCCGCUUCUGCAGAAGUAUCUGGAUAUUCUUUUAAAUGGCCGGAGAGGACUGAGGAUAUUUUUCCCACUUUGUGGUAAAGCAGUAGAAAUGAAAUGGCUGGCCGACAUGGGGCACCGUGUCGUCGGCGUGGAGAUCAGCGAGAAAGCACUGAAGGAAUUUUUCACCCAAAACGGUCUGCCUUAUCGUGAGGAGCCUGUGCCAGGGACUGUGGGUGCAAAGGUGUUGCAGAGCGUGUCUGGGAACAUUUCUCUGUACUGCUGCAGUAUUUAUGAUUUGUCCAGUGCAAUUGUUGGCAAGUUUGAUGGGGUUUGGGACAGAGGAGCUCUAGUAGCUGUGAAUCCAUGCGACAGACAAUGCUAUGCCAGUUUGAUGAUCUCCCUAAUGGAGAAAAGUUCUUCUUAUCUCCUCGUUACUGUUUUAUAUGAUCCAAACAAACACAAAGGCCCACCAUUUUAUGUUCCUGAAUCUGAAGUUAAAAGCUUGUUUGGCAACCAGUGUGAAAUUAAGUGUCUUCAAAAAGCCAAUGAGUUUACAGAUGCACACAGAGAAUGGGGACUAGAUUAUUUUCUGGAGUAGGUGCUGUCUGUCUGGAGCUAUGCAGGUCUACCUUAGACACUAGCAGGCCUGGGAAUAACGGCAGCGGCUCUUCAAACACCAUUUCCUGUAACGCUGGCCUUGCGCCAGUAAUGGCAGCUGGGCAAGAGAGGCGGAAGCUGGCGCAAGUUGUUUCUCCCCGUCCCUGUUAGUCAUGAUUACAAGCCAAGAGACUAACCGGCAAUGAGCAGACAAGAAAGCUUGGCAGCAGCUGCCAAGGGGGAACUAUAAUCAAGUGGGAAAUAGGUCAGGGAAGUGAAGCAGCUGAUGAUAAAGCAGAGAGCAUGGGGAGAAAUGUUCCUGUGUCUGCUUGUAAAUAUGCUCCUCUCUUCUGCAAGAACAUAGUUGCAAGUAGGCAACUGGAGGUCCUAUGUUGCAGGAGGGGUUCAAGGAAAGGCUGCAGAGCUUUUGCACGUUUGCCUGGACACAACCCCUUCUUCAAGGGUCUUCUGUUGUUGCCUUAUGGACACUUUUUUGCAAUUUUCAAAGUUAUAGAAUUUGGGGGGUUCAUUUUCAGUUUCUGGUCAGUUAUUUACAAUACAGAAACAUUCCUUAUGAGGGGCCUCAAAGGGCUUCCUUGCCCUAGCCUUCUCCCCUUGCCGGUUUAUUUCAAAACAGAUGGAAAGGUAUGAUUGCAAGGUAGUAUAUUGUCAUUUACUAAGGCUAGAAUGAAAAUAAAAGUUGUUUGACUUUCUAAAAAGUGAAUGUGACCUCUGAGCUCCAAAAAUAUCCCGUUCAAAGCUUUA